ACUUCUGUGAACGUUCGUUCAUUAUUCCGGUCGACAAGAGUACAUUUUGAGUACAUAUGCACUCGCGUGACCUUAAAACAGAACGUCAAACAAUAGUUUUUUGGCAAAAUUAAUCAAUAAAAAUAGUAGAAAAAAUUGAAUUAACCUUUAAAUUAGUUUCCAAUUAUUAUCAAUCCAUCAAAAAUUCAUUCUGAUGAAUCAUUCAUUACAUGAGCAUUGCAAAUAUGAAAAUAAAUUACAUGAUCAGUUUAAAGUUCAGUCAGCUAAGUGAUAUGUAUAGGUGCGAGAGCAUGUAUUUGCUUACUUGGUCAUAGUAUUCGAAAAACUGUUGUGAGUUGCAGUUAGUGCGCGAGUACUUGGAUAAUUUGUUUCCUUGUACUCGUGUACCUCAUCUAUUUUGAUUUUUUACCACUACUUUAUUUAUUAAUUAAAUAAUCAAUAUAAACAUUGAAGUCGCAACAACAUUGAAAAAAGGAUGCCGGCCAAAUUAAGUAAAUUUAUCGUAGAAACUGCCAACUGUAAGGAUUAUGUCCAUCCUUGGGUUAAUUCUUGUGUAAUGGCACAAGUUGGACUUGGAUUACAUGCUUUACAAGAAUCUCUUAGAGUGUAUUCGACUGUUUACAUUCUAACUUUAUUAAUGAGAGGAAAAACACCAUCUAAAAAUGAUAUUUUACGAACAAUACUAGGAAUUUUACAAUCAACAGCUUUCUUAUCAUGGAGUGCGCUUACAUAUCCUGCAUUUAUUUGUCUAUUGAGGAGAAUCUUAGGACAUUUCAAUAUUUUAACAGUAUCAUUUUUACCAGCUUUUUUGUCCAGUUUAUCAGCUAUUUUAAUUGAAAGACCUUCUAGGAGACCAUUGUUAUGUCUAUAUGUUGCUAAUAUUGCGACAGAAACGUUGUUUAGAAUGGGGGUGUGGCGCGGCUACUUCAAAGAAAUUCCUUAUGCUAAUGUUGGAAUAUUUGCUGCAAGCAUGGCCACGUUACUUUAUUUUUUUCGUAGUAAAUCUUCCAAACAAGACUCCAUAUUUAAGAUUAUAAAACUCAUGGUGGGUCCAUAUGAAAAUCCUGAUUAUGUUGAAACGCGACGUCUAUCUCCUGAACCUUCCACGAGUAAACAUGAAGACAAUCCAUUUAGUGAUAAAAUUUCAUCGCGUAUUAAAUUGAACACAUCAUUAAAUCUUUUGCAAAAAUCUUUAAAAACAUAUAGAAAUCUUAUCAAUUGGAUUAAAUGUUCAGGAAAACAUCGUACGUGUCCUCAUCCAUACAGUUGUUCAUCUUUUAUCUUAGGAGGUAGUAUAAAAUUAUUUAGUAUUGGAUUAUGCAUACAAUUAGGACUCAAAUUAGCAUUUCAAGUAAAACAAUUACUAUCUAAACCGGGAGUCUUAAAGGCUGAACUAUGUAAAAAAGAUAAUUUCAAUUUAGCUCUCUUCCUUGGUGGAUUUAGCGGGAUAUAUCGGUUACUUUCGUGUUUAUUAAGGAGAACAUUUAAUAAAAAUUCAAAAAUGCAUGCUAUUCCAGCUGGUUUAUUAGCGAGCGUUGCAUUUUUAAUGUUUCCUAAUAAUACUAUUGCUUUGUAUGUCAUGUGGAAGGCAUUGCAGUUGUCGUGGAAUAAAGGAGUUGAGAAUAGAAUAGUACCAGAAGUUAAAUGGUUCGUUAUAUUUUUGUAUUGUUUUUCUACAGCUGUACUUUUUCAUGCAGCUAUUAUUGAACCACAAAAUUUACGAGCAUCAUAUUGGAAGUUUCUAUUGUCAUUAUCAGGCGGAAGAGUGGCUGCAAUGGCGCGUGUUCCACUGGACCCAUUUGGUCUAGAAUCAUCAAAAUACGUAGAAGAAGUUAUGACGAAAACGAAAACCCCAAGAAACUUCAAUUUUUCAUUUUAAGUAUUUUUAAGUAAGUUACCAAUCGUUUAAUGAAUUAAAAGUCUCUCAGGUUGAUGGGACAUGAAAAUAUUAUAAUCAUUAUGAGAGAAAAAAAGUCUAAUUAU